GCAGAGAGCGCGUGGUGCUAUGGGAUGCACGCGAUCGUAGUUGCAUCCCUUCUGCUCACUGACAGUCGGUCGUCUGCUCGUGCGACAAGGGGAUAGAUAGAUAGAUCUUAAUGUUAUCUUCUUCUCGCGUUUCUCCAACUGGAAUCUUUACACGAUUAGGAAAGGAUCGGGCAAGUGAUUUUGAAGGAUCUAAAUGAAUACAUUUUUGUCUGAAUUGUGUUGGGUAAAAGCCCUACUGGUCUUGCCGUGUCCAAUACACAGUGUUACAGAAGCUGAACAGAAAGUCCAUUCUUACAAUGCUCAGGUAGACCGUGAUUCCUGCAUUCCGUUACUUUAUGAAUGAAGACAUCGGCUCGCCGAACAGGAAUAUCAUUGUCGAUACAGGAUUAACAUAUAUGGCUUCGAAACACAUUGUAAUAGAACUGUCGGAUUAAUUUAUUUCCGGAAUCAUCUCUACUAGGAAUAUUUUGUCGCACAUUUGUAAUUCUUUUCAAUAAGUUAUAACAUAUUUUCAUUCAGUGCAUAUGUAGGUAUAUUUACUUACCGGGAUUUAGCACCAGUGUUCUAAUUGGUUGAAUAGCUUUAUCUCAACUAGUAGAGACACCAUAAACUUAUAUAAUAAAUACUUUAUCCCACCAACGUGGGGACCGCCCGGAAACUUACCUGUCGAGGAGGUAUUCCCGCAACACCUGUCUGACCAAACUCGACACGUGCUAGAAAUCAACCUUAAUUGUGCCAAUCACAUUCACAUCUACGAUCUCUGGAAUCGGAUUUUUAAAUAUUGUGUUAUAAUCUCAUCUGUACAAGUUUCACCUGAAGUGUUGAUUUGUUUAUUUUUUUCUCGAGGUCCUCUUCCAGUGUGAUGAUCGUUUCUCGAUUAGGGGUCGUGACAACAUCGCGCUCCAGGUACCGGAGUCAAGUCGACAGCCGUCACCGACCUGGUCACAAUUUUCCAGAAGAAUGUGUGUUAUAAGGUGCCUUUCGCCAGCCAAAUUCUUGUACUGUGAAAAGGCAUGGGACCAUCUCGACACAAUAAGAUCGCGCAUAUUUUGGUGCUUCUGUUCGGAUUAAUAAUAUACGGUGUUACUUCAGACCUCAAGUCCCGGCAUGUAUUGGAUCUUUUACAAUUCCUUAACACGACCGGACGGUACACGGUCGUGGCGGGCCAGAGUGACAACUCAUCAGCUAUUCUACUGGAAGAUCCAAGUCGGAACUUAGCUUUACCGAACACUGUGUUGAGAGAGGCUUUUCAUAUUUUACGUGAGAAUAGUGAUGUAACAUUUUUAGCAACAGUGAAACAGGAAGUGGGAGAUGCUGGGAGUAUCAUAGCAUUUUCUUCAGAUAUCGUAAGAUUUUUAGAAAUCGAGAGCAGUGGACGGAGGGAUGAAAUCCGGUUCCAUUAUACUCAUGACCAACAAACACUUGUCGAAACAUUCCCAUACCGACUUGCCGACAAUCAGUGGCAUAAACUUGCACUUUCUUUGUCGGGGACUCAUGUCAAACUAUUUGUGGAUUGCAAUAGAAUUUAUGAGAGAGUGAUAAAAACUGUGGACAGACGGUCUACGGCAGGGACACUAAGAUUGUAUGUUGGACAAAGAAACGGACAACAUGCAUUGUUUAGGGGGGCUUUGCAAGAUGUAAAAAUAGUAACACAGGCGCAUGGCUAUCUGUUACAAUGUCCACAACAGGAUACUGCUUGUCCGACAUGUGCGCAGUAUCAAGCUCUUGAACAGAAAGUCAAAAAUAUAUAUUCCAUGUACCAGAAUCUAUCCCUGAAGCUUCUGCGGGCAGAAGAGAAAAUCUUUGGCUUGGAACAGUGUGAGUGUCUGAAGAGUUGUUCCCAAAAUGGAACCUUACGGAAGGAAGGGGAGGUGUGGCAGCUUGAUCAGUGCACUGUGUGUAGGUGUGCGAAUGGCACUGUUGAAUGUCAGAAAGUGGAUUGUCCGCCCGUCCAAUGUGAAAACCCUGUAUAUAGAGACGGAGAGUGCUGCCCUAUCUGUCUCACCAACUGUUUCUACAGCGGGAAGUAUUACGACCACGGUCAAUCCAUCACUCCGCGCGUGUGUGUGACCUGUACCUGUGAUGACGGACGGAUGGCAUGUACCAGAGUUGACCCAGAAGAAAACUGCGAGGCAUUAGACUGUCCCGUAGAAAAACAAUUGCAUAUCAAAGACGAGUGCUGCCCAGUAUGUGAAGGUACUGAUUUCUGCUCCAAGGGACAUGACUGCCAUGAAAACGCUGUCUGCGUUAAUAUGGCUACCCGCUACGGCUGUCAAUGUAAAAUAGGUUUCACAGGUGAUGGAACGCGUUGUGAAGAUAUUGAUGAAUGUCAAGUAAAAGGUGGGAAGACCGGACACCAUUGUAAUGGGAACACAAAGUGCGUCAAUACCAUAGGAUCAUACACGUGUAAAUGUCCAUCUGGCGAGACUCCAGAAGAUCCUUACAAGUGUGAAGGUAUCCACACAUCGUCUUCACCUGCAAUCCUAAAUACGUCACUAUCAUUACUGGCCGUGGCUUUCUCGCUGCAUUUGUGCCUUACAUAUUAUCAUUUACAUAUUUCCUGUUUAUCUACUCCAGUAUAUGUUGUUUCGUCCAUUGCCAUUUCAGAACAGAACGAGUGUCUUUCUGGCGUACAUAGCUGUGACACGAACGCGGACUGUGUGGAUACACGCGGGAGUUACACUUGUCAUUGUCGUCAUGGAUACACCGGUGACGGAUACACGUGUAAUCCUAUAUGCGACGGAAGCUGUCUAAACGGCGGAAUGUGUAUAGCUCCAAGUGUCUGUGAGUGUCGCCAUGGUUAUAUCGGCAUGAACUGUGAGCUUGAUAUAGACGAAUGUGCAAUCGAGAUAGCGGCCUGUCACAAGAACAGUAUCUGUGUGGACACCCCGGGCUGGUACCAGUGUGAUUGUGUUGAGGGCUUCCACAGCACAUGGCCGGAUAACCGAUACGGCAGCCUCUGUAUGGAUAUAAAUGAGUGUGCAGGAGAGGGGCAUGGCCAUACCUGUCACCCCAGUACGAAGUGCCAUAACCUGGAGGGUAGCUACGAGUGUCGUUGUCAGCCUGGAAUACCCUGUACCCAACAAUGCCACGACAGGGAACGUUACCAUGACAGCGGAAGUGUUUGGACGCCAUCAGAGGACAAAUGCAUGGAGUGCACUUGCAAGUUGGGAGUGUCGACAUGUCACAAACGUGAGUGUGACUGCUCCAAUCCUCACACAGACUAUGAUUGCUGUCUUCACUGUGACAAGACCUCCCAGUGCAUGCACCAAGAGGUGCCCCUCAUGUUUGACAACGGCGAGAGAUGGAUCUACCAGUGUCAGACCUGCGAGUGUCUCGAGGGCGAGAUUGACUGCUGGCCGCUGCAGUGUCCGAAAAUCACGUGCCAUACGACCAUUCUAGAGCCUGGGGACUGCUGCCCCCGCUGCGUGGAGGACAACCCGUGUAUCAGCCAGGCCUACGUCACAGGAGGGGCAGACAACUCUGCUACUACAUGUCUGUACAAGGGACAUGCCUACACGCAUGGGGACACGUGGGUACUCGGAUCAAAGCCAUGUAGCACGUGUGAAUGCAGGGUCGGUCAUAUCUGCUGUCUGUAUAACCAAAACUGUACAGCGAUACCUGAUUGAAGAAAGUAAUUCUGGUUUUGAUGGCACAUACACACGUUAUAUAUCAUAAGGUAAUGAUUGAGCUUAGUUCUAAAAUGAUCUUAUUUAUACUCUACUACAAUCUCACAAAAAUAACUUCUUGGAAUUAUUAUUGGAUCGAAAAUAUUAUUAGAGUAAAUUGAUGCAGUUAAUGUAGGAAGAUUACAUGCAAAAUAAAAAAAAAUCGAGAUAGUUCAUACAGAGGGAUGACAGAUAUUGCGGUACUUGGCAUCCCCUUUCAGAAUAUUGGCCAAAUUACCAACGUUACACUUUCCAUUUUUACAAUUGCAAGCAAUAAUUUCCACUGGUAUUGUGUUAUUUUGUGUCGCACCUUAAGCAAAAACCAGGCCUCACAAAUUAUAGAAGUGCAUUACACAUAGUUUGAAAAUUGACUUUUCUGUGUAUAUUUUGCUUUUAAGGGCAUUUGGCACGUUUGCCGAAUGUAUACGUGAAGGGAGGCAACUCUUUAUUGAAGGUGAUUUUUUGCAUAAUAUUUUAAUAGUAUUUAAGAGUG